AUGCACCAUGCCGUAUCGUAUUACGCCGAGGCGGUCCGCCGCCUCCAGGCGAAGAUCUCUAGCGGGGGCGGUGACGAGGUCGAGACGACGCUGCUCUGCUGCCUCCUCCUCGCCGGCUUCGAGCUGCUCCGGGGCUAUCACGAGGCGGCCCAGGUCCACCUCCACGGCAGCGCGAGCCUACUUCAGGCGUGGCAAGACCAGCAGAAGAGCAGCCGCGGGGGCUCCUUGUGGUCACCCAGGGGCUAUUUUAUCCGCGAGAGGCUGGGGCCCUUGUUUCACCGUAUGGCAUUGCAGGCGGUCUUGUUCAGUCACGUAGGACCGUCUUCGCCGUCUUCAUUGCAAUUCGGAGGCGAUGGUGCCGCCUUCGUGUCGUUGAUGGAAGACAGACACGGCGGCAAUAACAACAAGGAAAGGACUAGCCCGGAUAGGACCGGCUUCCGCGUCGCCAGCCCCACCGAGGCACGCGACACGCUGUACCGGCUGAUCUGGCAGCUGUACCUGCUGCCCGAGGGGCGGCAAGAUCCAUCAAAGGGUGCCCAGAGGAGGAAGCGGGCCAGGGAUAAGGGUCGCGACAGCUUCAUCAGGAGUCUGCACCAGUGGCACGAGGCCCUGUCCGACUACCUGGAGAAGCACCCUAUCGACGGCUCGAGCGCUGACAUGCUGAAGCUGUUCCACGCCGCUGCCCACGUCAUGAUCCCAACCUGCAUGUCGGACGACCAGAUGGCCUUUGACGGCUUCGCCGCCCAGUUCCACGAGAUAACCGACCUGGCGGAGAAGCUCCUCUUCCCACGCUCGCCCUCCUCACCGCCGACGCCGUUGUCCGCAGACGCGAGUCGAGCGCCACCACCACCCAGGCUUCUCCCUUCACCUGGAAGCCAAGAUGUCUCGUACUUCUUCUCCCUGGACAUGGGCGUGCUGCACCUCCUGUACUACGUGGCGAUCCGGUGCCGAGUGGCCGCCACGCGGUUCCGGGCGCUAGAGCUGCUGCGGCGCGCGCAGGCCCGGCGCGAGGGCGUGUGGGACGGCGCGGCGACGGCGCUGGUGGCGGGCCGCGUCGUGGCCAUGGAGGAGGAGGCGCGGCAGCAAGACGAGGACACGGAUGACGGUAGCAGCAGCUGCAUCCCGGCGUGGGCGCGCGUGGGCUCGGUCUGGACCGAGACCGACCUUGAGAACCGCAGGGUUGUGUUGCGCUGUGGGUGGCAGAGGGACGUGACGUCCAGUGAGGAGGUGUUGGCGUGGUGA